AUGUCUGACGAGGAAAGAUCCAAUUUGAGCGGGGAAGAAGAAGUUGAUGAUUUGUUUGGAGAUGAUGUUGAGGAAGAGACCACACAAGCCAGACCAGUUACGCAAUCUGACGAUGAAAAUGACUCGAGUUCAGAAACCGAGACGAAAUCGUUAAAAACAUCCACUUUAACGUUGCCCAGGCACCCUGUUUCACAUAAACCCGAAGGCGAUGUUUUUGCCAUCAAAAUUCCUGUUUUUUUGAACGUUGAGGCUCAUCCGUUUGAUCCUACAGAGUUCAAGGAAAGAGUGGCUAGAAAUGCUGAAGAAAGAAGCAAGAUGGAAAUGGACGCCAAGCAGAUGCAGAACGAUGUUGUGGCAGAAAAGCUCCUUAAUGAAAACACCAUCAGAUGGAGAUACCUGAACGCCGGUAACGACGAGAUUAUCAAGCAGUCCAACGCACACUUUGUCGAAUGGGACGAUGGUCUGAUUUCUUUGAAGGUAGGAAACGAGCUUUUCGACUUCAAGAGUCAGCCUAUUCUCGAUAACUUCUUGGCCAGAUCAUACGUUGAGCACGAGGUUCUACAAAAUGAGGCUGCCUUGACCCGUUCUGCCAACCUUAUACCGGCAUCUACAUUCACCGAAACGCAUCGUCGUUUGACGCAAGCCGUCAAGACGAUUCAGAAGAAGGACAAGAUCUUGAACACGUUGACCGAAAGAGAUCCGAUGUUGAAGCAAAGAAUGGCCGACGAGAACGAGAGAAAGAACCUCAAGGCCAAGAGACAGUUGGAGCAAAAACGUCGUUUGCAAGAAGAGCGUUUGGGCAAGUCCGACAGCCCUGCGCCCCGUUAUGGCCAGGAGUCUGCGUACGAGCGUUUUGAGAGGGCCUAUGGAGCCGACGAGUACGAUGACGAGGAUGAUUUCGUGGCCAACGACGAUGAGGAGUUGGAGAUUGACGAUGAGGAUGCCGAGGCUGAGGAGGAGGAGUUUGAGAGAGGAGCUGAGCGUUUGAAGAAUUUGAAGGACGAGGGAGCGUCGAAGUAUAGAGACGAGGAGGAGGUUCUGCGGAAGCGCAGAAGAAUCAUUGAUUCUGAUGACGAGGAGUAA